AUGCAGAACAAAUGCCUGUUGGGAUUGAUUUUUCUGUCGUGCAUGAACAGAUGCAUUGCUCAGAGCAUUCAAACAAUCAACAACUGCACGUGUCAGACAUCAGAUGGAAACUUUUACAGUCUGUGGCCCCUCAGAGGAACAGAAAAACCACACUUCAUUGAUGUUAAGGGAAAAAAUGGUUGGAGGUAUGCUUACAAUCCUUGUACCUCUAUGACAUUCGGACAAGACGAUCCAGACCAUGGAAAGAUAUGUCAUGAUAUCGGAAUAUGUAAAUAUCCUGAAAUAGAAAAACCGCGUGAUUACCUACAAGUUGGUGUGCAGACAGGGGUCAGAUGUGCACUAGGCGCAGAAGGACAGAUUGAGCUGGUGUAUAAUACAAACGAUCCCUCUAUCGACACAAAACAUUCAACGGUACAGCUUAUUUGUGACCAGACUAUUCCAUUCCCGGAUUUCGAACCCAAGGAUGAAGAUAACUAUAUAUUCACCAUAAAAACCAAAUGCGCAUGUCCGAAUCGGUGUUGGCCUGUGCCUAUGCCGACAGGCCCAACAAAGGUAAUACCGACGACAACAGGCCCAACGAAGGUAAUACCGACGACAACUUCAAAUUCAACGGAACACAGUCCUGAAGGUUCAAAGUUGUUUAAUUGGAAGCUGUACAUUUUGCUACCAGUUCUUGUAGUAGUUAUCGUCAUCAUGCUUUGUUUUCUAUGUAUGUGGUGGCAUAUUCCUGCUUUUAGAAAUGCCCUGAAUCGCAGAUGCUGUCAUCGUUUGGGAGGGUAUGAACAGAUCGAAGAGGAAUAUAGAAACCACUUUAAAAAAACAAAGACAACUAACGUUAUCAAAAACAAAGAUAAGGCUGUUGAACACGACGAUUUUGAUGUAAAAGAUGAACUGGUCGAGCCAGUUCAAGACGUAGACGUGGGGGACAAGUCCCAAACUGUUGGGAAAAAUGACAUUUUAACAUUAGUUUUGUAACAAAACCAAACCCCUUGUUUAGGUGUUGGGUCCCUAUUGCCCGGGCUUGCCCAAAGAGCAAAAGGCCAGGUAAAGGUUUGGCCUUCGUAAUUUUUUUCGGCGUUCAGCAACAAAUCGCCCUCUGAACCAUAAAGAGCAUCUGUGAAAUCCAAGUAAGCAUCAUCUCCUACCUCUCGUAACGAAUUUAACUGUUUUCAAAUAGUCUUGCACUUGUCUAAUGUUUAUAUAUCUGAAGGGUUGGAAAGAGAGGAUUUUUUCUCGAAUGUAAGGAGAAAAAAUGGCGUCUGAUGCGAACCGGACGGUGGUUUUCCCCUCCUUUUGCACUAUCCUUGAUCCAAAAUCACCUUUGUAGACCUCAAAAAUAAGAAGGGAUAUGAGAGAGAAUAUUCAACUGGAAGUAAAAUAGCUUCGAUCGGUAGUUGCUUGAUCGAAUACAUCAAAUUAAUUUAUUAAGAGGACGCGGAGUAAUUUGGAGGUAGGAAGACUGCAAGUUUCAAUAAAAAACCUCCAUUUACACUUUAUUCUUGCAACGAUGCAUUUAAAUGGCACCAUUUUUGGAGUUCAUGUCUUUCACUGCAAUGUCAUUCGCAGCCACUCUCGAACAUAUUUAACACUAUUUGUAAUUCUGCCGUGACGAUGCAUUACAAACAUCUGCCUGACCAAGUGAGACAAAUGUGAAUACAACAGAUUUCCAAAGUGGCAACGAGCGAACGUUUCUUUAUCAGGUACUUAAAAUCAGUUCAUUUGAAGGACGAGGAGUUGAUCAGGCGCUGGAAGGAUAAAAGAACUGCAUAUACGCCCUAUACCUAGUAACGAUGUCUUCAGUACAAUCUUUUGAAUUCGAAAUAAAUUGAGUCGAGGCACACUGCGAAUAUCUAAAAGAUUGUUAACGAUCUGGUGUGAAACGCGAUGAAUUAUUUUAUGUAAAGCGUAGAAGCUAGCUGAAACAUUGACUGAAACGCUGUAAUCACGGUCAAGUAUGCCCCAGUCUGUCAUAGAAAUACUUAGGGAAUUUGCCGUCACAAACCUCGCAUUUCAACUUGGAAGGAAAUACUUGUGGACGUAAAAAGAAAGCCCCGAAUAACGUUGUGUUGAGGCUGUUAGU